UCAGCUGUUUUGUACGUUUCUAUAUUCUGAUCCGCGGAUCAGCUGGGCGAAGCAAUAACACCACAAACAAUAUCUGCAGGGAAAAAGCAGCAGCAGCAGGAGCUUCUGAGGGAUCCAGACUGCAGAUAUGAUCUAAAAUCAACCUUAGUUUACAAUUAAAACCCAUCACUUCUUCUGAGAAGAAAGCUGCAAGCCUUUUCUUUCCCUUAUUUUUGUAAAAAGCUGGUGCACUUAACAUUACUAGGCUACCUCAGUGAAAAGGCUGGCUACCUAAAGCUUAUUGCUUUAAGAUCGACGUUUUUGUCGUUUUUUUUAAAUCGUUUCACGUUUACAACUUCAGCAUCUUUGCUGUCUUGCAGAGGCAGUUCAGCCACCUGAACUGUGACAACAUUUCUCUUGAGAGGCCUCUCCUGAUUGGUUGGAGUCUUUUUGCACUCAGAGGCCUUUGCAGUAGAAAAGAGACCAUAAAUUUGCACUUCGAAGCCCGGCGACUCUUCCAACACUUCAUCGACAAGGGCUCAACGAGCGAUCAAUCUCCGCCCGCCGCCGAAGACCAACACCCUUAGCAACUGUACAUAAAUCCUCACGUUCGUUUUCCGAGGAAAACGCCAAGGCAGCUCUCCCUCAGGACCCCGUGACCUCAGCUUCAGCGGCCAUGUUCCAGCGGCUCAGCAACCUGCUGUUCGGAGAGGUGGAGGAGGUCUCCGCCGAGCUCAACGGACCCAAGCCCUGCGUCACCGAGGCUGACGAGGAGGGAUGGCUUCUGGUCAACUUACCCGGUAAUGGUGACUGUACCAUGUUGGGCGAGGAUGGGGCGCAGGCACCACCGACAGCACAGUCCCUCCCCAACAGUGAGUGUCAGAGGGUGGAGUCUAAAUGUAACACAGCCACGCCCCUCCGGACGUGUGACCCCGCCCCUUCCCCACGCAAAAGCCGCAGGACUAGAAUGGCCAAGGCUAAGGCGGCAUGUACCCCCACCCCAGGCUCCCAUGGUUCCCCCGGUUCCCCCAGCUCCCCCUUUUGCCUCAGUUCCCCCUCCCCCCUUGGGUCAGUAGGAGUGAAUGUGCUGUCCAGCCCCGCCCACUGCCUGCUGGGCUCCGCCCCCGUGUCGCCGGGGUCCCGUAGCGACUGUAGCAGUGGCGGCAGCGGGCUGGAGCGGGGCAGCAUGGACGAGAGCUGGUUUGUCACCCCUCCCCCCUGUUUCACUGCAGAGGGAGCCACGGCGGAGGCCAGCCCGAUGGAGGACCUGCUCAUCGAGCACCCCAGCAUGUCCGUCUACGUCUCGCCCGGGAACCUGUCUGUGGUGGAGCAGAGCACCGCCAGCCUGACCAGCAGCGUGAGUCGGAUGUCUGAAUCAGUUCCUCCGCCCGCAGUCAGGACCAGCAUGAUGCCCCCCAGGAUGGCGCGAGGGGCAGCCUGCCAGGCGGUCCCCCUAGCCAAGGUGACGCAGGUGUCCCGCGUGCAGAGGGCCAAAGCCCGCGUGGAGCGCCGCCACCUGGGCCGCAACCGUGUCCAGCGCCAGAACCGCGUCCGCGAGCAAGUCCCGCGCCACGCCGCUAACGCCCGCAAAUCCUUCCUGCACCAACCGUGCCAGCGCAGCAUCUGCCACUGACCUGCCCCCGGGCAUCACUUCACACUGAGGGCAUUAAUACACACACACACACACACACCAUGUAGAGCGGGGGUGUCCAGUUCCAGCACAGUUUCCUGACCCGAUUCUCCAGCUCUCAAACUCUGCUGGAGCCGAAAUAGCGAGGGACUGAGUGCUGUCAUCUUUAUUACAGUCAACAUACAUAUACAUAUACUACUGCAUGAUUUGGUGACGUAGGGUAGUGGAUAACAAUGAUUCCCACCAUUUUACAUCAAUAAGAUCUAGGAUCAUAACUCUUUAGCUCUUAAAUUCAUGUCAUAAACAAUAAUAAAUAACUUUUUUGUCAUUGUGAGAAGGUAAUUUAUCUUUAAUAAUGAUAAAAAUUAUAUUUAUUUCUCUGAGCAUAAAAAAAGAUAUUAUUGAAACUAGAAAAAAUAACAAUAAACAAACACUAAUCUAACACUAAUUGCUUUUAUUAUUAUAUCUGUAUCUGCACAGAUUAAAAAACAACUAAAAAAAGUUAAAAAUAGGUAAAAACCCACUGCUAUCCCACGUCUUUUGACUUGUUUUCCAUAUUUUAAUAGAGAACCUGAGAGAGAUUUGUGAAAUUCUGCUUCUUAUUUUAUUCCACUGGCAGAUAAUUUGAUUUAAACAGGAAAAAAUGAUCUUUUAGGCAUGAUCUACCAUAUUUUCUUUACUUAAAAUGACCUUUCAAAAUGAAUUUCUAUUAAAUUAAAAUCUCUAUAAAUAAGCUAAAUCAUUUCCACUGAUCUCACUACAAUCUAAUAGUAGAUAUAUUGACUACAUUUAAAAAGAUAUAACCAUAUUAAGCCAUAUUAUGACAUAAUAUGGCCUCUAAUUCUAUGAUGACUUUAUAACACACAUUAGCUUACACUACAUUACUUUACACCAGUUUACUGAAGCUAGUUCAGCUCCAGCAGAGCUUAUUAUACCUAAUAAACCAGCAGGGAAUCACCGCACUGUGCUGAAACACAGCCCUCCAGGACCACAGCUGGACACCCCUCACCUAGACACACCUGUAUUCGUCCAUUUUUACCCACCUGUCUCUCCGUCCUCCUGCACAGCCCUCCUGUUUUACAUAGUUUUCACGUUCAGUAGUGUGGCCACAGGUCUUUAGUCUGAUUUACUGUGCUCUGCAGCGCUAGUGUGCUAAGCUAAAGCUGCGGUUUUAGAUUUAAAGCGCUCAAAUCCAUCUGUUUUUAUCUGUUUUCAUCUGUCAAGAUAGUUUCUCUCCCUUUCUUUUUUGUCUUUCUCACUCACUCACUCAUUUCCACACUCUUCUUCUAUUGUUAUCUCAAUCACAUGACCAGCAGGAACAUUUAUACAUUUCGAUAGGCCUGAUUAUAAGGCUGAUUAUUAGGAUUAAUGUUAAACAUACCUUAUACUUCAUGCAAGGAUGCUAAUGCUAAAUCAUAUUUGUCUCACAACUCAAAUGUCUAAUUCUAGUUCUUGAAUGGUUCUUCAGAUACAAGGAAAACCUCUUGUAGUCAAUUCUUUAUAGCACCAAAAAGAGAUAUUAAAGGUAUAAGAAAACUGUUGUCUGUACUAAAACGAAUAUAUUAUAAUUUGAUGGAUACAUACACUUCAAAAAUAGGUCUAUAGAACCAAUAUAGGGGUUGCGUGGUUCUUCAAAUACAAGGAAAACCUCUUGUAGAUUGUUCUAUACAGCACCAAAAAUGGUUACUAAAUAUCUACUUUUAGUACUAUAUAGAAUGUUUUUGGUUCUCAACCAUUUUGGUUAAGUUCAACAUUCUCCCAACUCAAAAGAAACAUUAUAGGGGUUGGAUGGUUCUUUAAAUAGGAGGAAAACCUCUUGUAGUCAGUUAUUUAUAGCACCAAAAAGAGCUAUAAGAGGUACAAUAACCAAUUUUCAGUGCUAUAUAAAAUAUAUUAGGUCUCAAAUAAUUUGGUAGAUAAAUACACUUUAAAAAUAGGUGCAUAGAACCAUUUUAGGGCUUGGGUGGUUCUUAAAAUACAAGGAAAACCACUUAUUUUCUAUAGUAAAUAGAAUAUAUUUGGUAGUUUGGUAGAUAUAUACACUUCAAAAAUAGGUCCAUGGAACCAUUUUAGGGGUUGGGUGUUUUUUCUAAUACAAGGAAAACCUUGUGUAGAUUGUUCUAUAUAGGACCAAAUAGGGCUAUUGGAGGUCAAAGGAACCAUUUUUAGUACUAUAUAGAACAUUUUAGGUCUCUUUAAGUUCAGAUCUUUAAGCUGCAUUCUGAACAUGGCCACAAGGGGGCGCUACAGUGAAAGCCAAUUUAGCAUGCUUUUGUUCAGUCAGUUGUUAUGCUAGGUUUUGUCCUCUUGAGCCCCCUAUUGAGAACUGACUUUUGACAUUUUAACCUUUGACGCAAUAACGAAAUGAACUUACGUUAAAUUUGUACGAAUAGAAUUAGCAUUAGCAUUAUACUAACAUUAUAAUAAGUAUAUUUCACAUUUCUACACAAAUCCGUACACACUCAGCCUCGCUAAUCUGGUUUAAUUGUAGAGCAAAGCUGUGUAUUGCACUGAGAACUGCUUAACUGUCAAAUAAUAUCAAUAAAACUUUAUUAAUGUAUUGCAAAACGUCAUCCAGAAGGUACUUAAAGCGUAAAAACAGGGUCAAAACAGGACUGGACGCUGAAAUGUUGCCCAAAAAAUGGGUCUGGGGUCAAACUCGCAUGUUCUUUCAUCUCGUAUAUUGUUUGUGUUGGAAAAAGACGUCUCCAUUAUUCUCUAUUCUUUCGUUCUUUUGUUACGUUUUUUGUCACGUAAGAUGAUCAGAGGAGAGAGAGCAUACCGUGGAAACGUGUUGCCGUGCAGGUAGAGGCAUUCUCCAGCACGGAGAAAGAGCCGCACUGAAAAAGCGAAGCGUUAAUUUCAGCAUUUGAAUACAUGCGCUUUCCAUAUUUCAGUGUAGCUUCUACAACACACAGAAUGGAAAAGUAGGUAGAGGAAGGCGAGCGUGGGAAUAAAACAGACUAAAGAAGUCUCGGGCGUGUAGGACAGACCAAUACACUCUUCAAAAACAGGUUCUUUAAAGGUUCUUGUUCAACCAUGACAACAAGCAUGCAACCCUCCAAUGGUGCUGUCCAGUGCUGGAGCUGUAGAUGGUUUUAUAUAGCAAGAAAAAUAGUUAUAACAAUGCAAAGAAACCUUUUUAAGUACUUUAUUAAAAAUCUUUUAGAUGAAGAAGUGAAGACAUACAAAAAAUUAGGUUCUUCAAAGGCUCUUCCAACUCAAAGUAUCAUUACAAUGCUUAAAUAGUUCAAUGUUUCAAGUACGAUACAAGGAAAACCUCUUGUCUCUUCUAUAGAUUGUUCUAUAUAGCCAUAAAAUGGGUUUAAUAUGUUAUUAUGAGUCAAAGAACCAUUUUUAGUACUGAAUAGAACCUCUCUGGAAUAUUAUACAAGGGUUCCAUUCCAUUUUAGUGCUUAAAUUGGAGAAACCAUUGGUAGACUCAACAGAAUAUGCUUUUAGUAGAAUUAUUAGAAAACAAUGAAUCGUAUUUGGAAACUUUUAGCUAUUAGACCUUUUGUUGGACCUCUUUAAAUGUCUCUGGUUUAUUGGGCAUUGAAGUGAUUCAGGUCAAUGGUAACUUCAAUGGUAACUCAAAGAACCAUUUCAGUGCUUGAAUAACCUUUUUUAGCACUAUACAGAACUUUUAAGGUCUGAAGCAUAUUGGAGAGAUACAUUCUUUAAAAAGAGGGGGUCCUUUCAAAGCUUAAAGAACCAUUCUACCCCUUAAUAGCACAAAAAGGGUUAAACUACUGUUGUUAUGUGGACAAGAACCUGUUUUCAGUACUGUGUAGAACUAUACAGAAAAAAUGACUCUCUAAGGACUUGCAUACAACCCAUAUAAUUUCGAACAAUAGUAAUUUACCAAAAAAAAAAAAAAAAAAAAAAAAAAAAACAAUUCUUACAUUCUCAAAAUAGCUUGACUUGUGUGUUCAAAUGACUUAAAAAUAAGGUGAAAAUUCAAUGUUGAGACUGGUUAAGAUCAAUUAUUGCUAAAAUAAACAAAUUAGCUUACAUUUACACAAUGAUUAGUAGGAUAAAAAGGAUAAUUUUUUGCUUUAAAAUUAGAUAAUUUUACUUUGCAGUGUGCUAGUUAAUGUUACUUUAAGAGCCUUUUUUUCAGUACUUUGUAGAACCUUAUUUUGCCCAGAGUGUAAAAAAAGGGUUGGAGUUGGAUUCAGAGAGGGGGAUUUUAAUAAGUAAGUAUUGUAGCCCACUAAGCAGCCUGAAUAGGCCUAUUUAAACAGGCUUAUGGUACCAGAUUAGGAGGAAAAUCCACCCAAUCCAACCAAAGACUGAACAUUUUCUGACUGGCUUUUUCUUUAGUGCUUUACGUGUUGGAUUAAGUCGAUUUUGGGUGGAAUUUCCUCUUAGGACACUUUUAUACCUCAUUAGAUAUCAGUGCGUAUCAGUAUUUAAUGGAAUAAUCCAGUGUUGGAGUGUUUCAGUCUCAUCUUUAUCAACUCUACUGUCAAUCGUAACCAUACUGAACCACCACAGCAGAUUGAGAUGAGAUUCUGGACUAUUCCUUUAAGAUAAUGCUGUUAUUAUACCUCUAUAAUGAAUGAUGAAUGUACACACACAGCACAAUCAGAGGCAUGCGGAGAUGCUGUUAUCAGUAUACAUUACAUUUCAGACUCGGUCAGGCUGCAGUGGGUUACGGGGUGUGUUGGUAUAUAGAAGGUGAGGGACGGUAUAGGUGGCGACUCUUUAUUUUGUUUUAUGUUUUAUGUACCGCGGCGGCCACAAAUUGACCUCUCAGAUGUAAAAACAGAAUUAUAACUGAAUUUUAUGGGUUGACCAAUGAUAAAUGGAGUAUUUAGCUUAUUUCAAGACAAUUUCAGCAAUAAUUGUUAAUUUUCUAUGCUAAAAUAAACUCUAAAUAUUAAAUAUACAGCUCUGGAAAAAAUAAGAGACUCUAAAUUAAAAACCUCUGAAAUAAAAUCAAGAGGAAGAUGGAUGAUUACAAGCCAUCAAACCACCAAGCUGAACUGCUUAAAUUUUUACACCAGGAGUAAAGCAGCAUAAAGUUAUCCAAAAGCAGUGUGUAAGACUGGUGGAGGAGAACAUGCUGCCAAGAUGCAUGAAAACUGUGAUUAAAAACCAGGAUAUUCCACCAAAUAUUGAUUUCUGAACUCUUAUAACUUUAUUUUCUGCAUAUAAAUGUUCUAAAUGACAUAAUUUGUAUUUUGAAUUUGGGAUAAUUGUUGGCCGUAGUUCAACAAUGUUCAUUUUACCUUAAACAUAAACCUAUAAAUAGCAAAAUCAGAGAAACUGAUUCAGAAACAGAAGUGAUCUCUUCAUUUUUUACCGAGCUGUACUUACACCAAUAAUCAACAUGAUGCUAAUUUCAUAUGUAGUGAGUUUAGCAUUUCAAAUUUGGGUUUUAUCAUAUAUUUUUGGUGUAUAUUGGCGAGAAUUGAAAAACUCAAAGCAUUUGAGUGGUUACUUUGGGCUACCAGUGUACUUUGGACCAUUUGUUUCUUGUUACAUCAACCAAAAGUCCUCAGACCCCUGCCAUUUCUGUCCCAGUCCUGUAUUCACUGCAAUCUAGUCUAAAUAUUCUAAGAUAUUAUAAGAUUAUUCAACUUUAUUCAACUUAUUACUUGUUUUAAGUCAUUUUAUCCACUGAAGCUGUCUUUUUCCACUGGAUGACAAAAAGAUUCAUGACGAAAUCCAAGCAAUAAUCUGUAUUAAGACACUUUUAGAAGGAAAAAUCGAUUAAAACACACAAAAAAUAAGCUUGUAAUUGGUUGAACGUAACAUGAAAAAGGGAUAUAAAUCAGAUAUUUAGACUCAUUUAGGAGAAUUUCACUUCAGCUAAGCUAAGCUAAGGCCUGCUAACGAGCUAGCUUUGUUGACACCUAGGUUAGCUUGUUAGCAUGUUCAGUCACUCUGCAGAUUAUGUUAAAAAGAAAAAACACUGUGAUUACUUUUAGUUUUUUUAUGUUCAUAAGGAAAGAUUAUCAUCAUCUAUCUCAUCGGUUCUCUUCAGAACCUGCUCUAAUAGUUUUUCACACUGAAAAAAGAUCCUCGCACGAUAACACCAGAGCGAAAAGUGACCCAAGCUAAGCGCUAACAUGCUAGCUCAGUGUGUAGCCUAUUAGCCUAUUAGCUCGCUAACACAGGUGUUUUUAUUAGCAUGGCUGAUAUAUAUAGGGGCAAAUACUUGUGCACACACCCUCACACAUCUGAACGCUGUCGUUUUUACAUGCACAAUACGUUGUUUUACAUCUUUUACGUCUUCAGUACUCAGUGUUACCAUCCUGCCAUCACCAAACAUUACCCUCCGUUGCGUUUUGUGCGCUAGCUUACAGUAUGUGUCGUGUCAACGCUGAUAGAUUUACUAUGGUGCUGAAAGUAUAUGAACAUAUACUACUAUUUGUAAAUCGUUGAGACUUGGAUGUAAGUUUUUGCACUGUCUUACAUUGUAUGGUGAAUUGAGGUUUUUAGCUGUGUGCAAUUUCGUUUGUUUAUUCUUUUUAUUUUCUUUCGUCAACGACGCAGCACGAGGCGGCGAAUGUGAGGGAGAUGCUAAUGUGCAUGACGAGCUAGGAAAAGAAUUACAAAGAUGACUCAUUUUAAAUUAAUUGCAUUCAUGUAUAUAAUGCACAGCUCCUUACAGUACAGUGUUUGAAUGGCGUGUGUGUUUUUUGAGUUAUUUUAGUGCUAAAUUUUUAAUUUUGUUCAGUCCGAUAUUACAGCACCCCCUGCUGAGCGUUAGCAUUUUUGCUGUUUUUAUUAUUUUCUUUUUCCCACAAUGUUAUUUCAGUCCUUUCACACUCAUGUCUCGUGUGUCUGCUAGACCUGAAUAAUAAUAAUCCUCUUUUUUAGACUUUUUAAGCAAAAGAGAGUGAGCGUGUAUGAUGUACCUGAAUACCCACUUCUGUUUCUAUUGGUUGUAUGUGUUACACAUGCACUUCACAGGCUGUUCAUUUGUAACAAACCUUCCUGUUAUGUAAUGUAAUGUAAUGAUACUCAACAAAUCUUAACACAAAACUAAUAUAUAUAAUAUAUAUAUACUUAUACGAAUAUAUCCCAUUUUUUUUUCUUUUUAUAUAUAAAUAUAUUUUUUGUUUUCUUUUUUUUCCUUCUUCUCAUAAUUAUUAUUAUUAUUAUUUUAAAAGAACUGUGUGUACUUCACUCUUACUCUGAAUAAUAAUGAUUGUCAGGGGUGGAUCUCUGGGGACAAAUAUUUUUCUACACAUGAGACAAAGGGAUCUUUACAUUGUUCCCCAGAGAGACACUGGUUGUGUCGAUUUUACAUGGUGCUUCUCAUCUCCAACAGGCCUAAGGUGCGCCUGGAGGUGAAAUAACAGUACAUCCUGUCCCGCAGUGUUAUAUAUUAAACCUGAGAUAAAAGAACAGAACAGUUGAAUUGAUGUGCUAAUGUGGCUAACAUUAAAUUGAUACAUGCUCAUGUAUAGUACCAGUCAAAUUUUUGGACAUGCUUUAAAUUCAGUGUUUUUUCAUUAUUUUAGAUUUUUCCGCAUUGUAUAGAUUAAUACCAAAAUAAUCUAAAUGAUGAAUAAUUAUAUGUCGAGUUGGUAUACAGUAAAAAUAAACUAUUUGAGUUUUGAGUAAUUUUCUAAUCCAUAUAAUGGCAAGAACUACUCAACUAAGUAAAUAAAAAAAAACAUACCUGUCAAGUCUCCCGUUUUGGCCGGGAAACUACCGUAUUUUACUCCUCUUUCCCGCCGUCCUCCCGUAUUAGUAUUUUCCCGUAAAUUUCCCGUAUUAUAUUAAGAUUAAAAAAUAUAUAUUAUUGAGGAGACAGGGCACUGACCGCUCUGUGUCUCUUAACCAAUCGUGGAGCCGGUUCAAGGAGAAAGUCCCGCCUUUCAGGAGAAACAGCCAAUCAGCUUGCAAAGGAGGGUCAGCGUGGGGAAGCCCCCCGUCGCUGUGAGUUCAGGCAGCUAGUCGGAGCAGCUGAUGUUAAAACAGAUCUGGAUAUACAGCGAUUUUUCUUAAAGAAAGGUAACGGUAGGCUAAUCAUGUAAACUGUGAUGAGAUUUGUCUGAUAGCUGCUUAAAAAGACUCGUCUCCGAAAUAAAACACACAGAUUAAACCUUUUAAAAUAAAAAAAUUACAGCUUGUGACUCAGUUUAACUAGAAAUGUGGAGAGGACCGACAUUAACUGAACUGAUCAGUAGUGUUCAAAAGAAAAAAGUAUUAUUUAAAAAUUAUUAAUUGUGUAGGCCACUUAGGACUAAUUUUUACUGAUGGAAUAUGUGUGGUCCAUUGCCUUUUAGUAAAAGCUCAUAAUACUAUUUUUAGGUCACCUACAGUCAUUUUGCAGAAUUUGUGCACCCUUUGUUCAAUUUUAAAUCUAUUAAAUAAAAAAAAUAUAUAUAUAAUAUAAAAGAGUGCAUUUAAAGGCAAAAAAGACAUGAAAUCUUAACUUUUUUUUAAAUAUCUAGAAAAGGGUUUUUAAUUUGGCUGUAUUAAAAGAAUGACAUAUGUAGGAAUGUCCACAACAUUUCAGAUUCUGAUAAUCUAAUUGUAGUGUGUAAAUGGUUCACAUGUGGUUAUUUUAGAUUUUUUGUAAACCUGCCUUAAAAUGUAAGAGAUACUGAACCUUCGUUGGGCUGGUGUGACAACUUUAAGCGGACGGAGGAAAAUAUCCCUUAUUUUUAAAUCUAAAACUUGACAGAUAUGAAAAAAAAUACUUUUUCAAGAUCAAGAUGAAAAUAUUCUAAGGGUAGUCACCACAAAAAAACAUAAAAAAAUGUUAUGAUGAUAAAACUGGCACUCAUCAGGACUGCCCCAGGAAAGGAAGAGCAAGAGUUGCCGUUGUUGCAAAGGAUAUAUGAUUUAUUCAGUAUUUUUAUAAUUUACUAUGUAGGAAAAACAUAAAAACACUGAAUUGUUAAUACUGAGUUGUGUCCAAACUUUUUUUAAUUUUAUAAAACAUAACCAAAAAUCACAUUCAAUCAAUGCGGAGUUCAAUGUAGCACAAUUCAGUUUUUCUCCUAAUAAAAGAAAUUUAAAAUUAAAAGUGCUGUUAGAGAAGUUUAAAAGAUUAAGAACCAGGCUAACGUUAGCACAAAUGCUAAUAAGAAAAUGUAGCACACAACUCAACAAGUCUUUUAGAAUGCAAGAUUAGUUUUAGAUCAUCUUUAUAUAUUGAUAUAUAUAUAUAUUUUUUUUUUUUUUGUGUGUGUGUGUGUGUGUGUGAGUGUAUGUAUGGAAGAUAGCACUCUCUUGUGUUAGGUGAAUAGUAUGUUAGUAUUUUAUAGAUAGGUUUAUUAGAUUGAAGCUAACGUUAGCAUGGAGGCAGAUUUAGAUAAGCUAGUUAGCGUAUAGGUCUAGUUAGCCUAGUUAGCUAACUAGCAUUUUAAACAGGAAACUCAAGGUUAUGUAGUGACUUUGCUGCAUUGUUUCUCAAUGAACUGAAUCUAAAUAUUGCUGAAACUUAAAAAACGUUAAAAACGUUAGCCCAACAUUAGCCGUUAGCUCAACUGUUUUGUUUGGCCUCCUGUUUGACGGCUCUACAGAGAUCCAUCACUGUUCUUCUUCUAUGUUUUGUGCCCCCUGGCCACCAUGUCCUCCUCUGCUGGUGUUGUUGUUGUUGGUUUAUUUGGAGAUAUUUUAUUUUUCUGUGUAUGCGUGUGUGUAAGUGUGUGUGUGUGUGUGUGUGUGUGUAUAUAUGAAAUGUGUGGGUAUAGAAAGGAGAGUUUGGGGUGUAAUUGAGUGUGUAGCCGGUGUGAUGUGCGAACCUAGAGAGGGAGGGUAAUUUAAAACUUAUAACGACACAAACUGAUAAAAGAAAACUAAAAAAAAACUAUAUGUGCUUGUAUUUUUAUCUCAUAUUAUUAGAACAGUCGUUCACCUUAUUAUAUUGUUGAAAAUAAAGGGGGUGGACCAUCGAACGAGGCGACGGCUGAGCGCCGGUCCCUCCAUUUUGGUUUUGCGCCCUGAAACUAUGGCAGCUUUUGAAACGUAGGGGUUUUACCUUCAAGGGGGAAUCCUUUCCAACCAGUACACCCCCUCCCAAAAAAAUACAAAAAAGUACAAAUAGAGUAUAUAAAAAAAUUGAAUGGUGUAUCUGAUAUCUAUGGUGAUUGUGCCUUUCACUAUUCUGCAUGGUUUUUGUGAUUUGCUGACGUUUUCGAUCCCAUCUGUGUGGGCAGUGGUCCAGAAGCAGUAGUAGAGACCUAUGCAAAAAUACCAGGAUGGGGUUCCAGCAUCCAUUCAGAAAUGCAGGUACCAGACAAAAAAAGAAUAAAAGAAAAAAAAACUCUCAGGAUGAAAA